UCUCUUCACCUGACAGUGUUGUCAUCGCCUGGUCUCUUCACCUGACAGUGUUGUCAUCGCCUGGUCUCUUCAGCUGCCUCUCUCCAUGGCUGUACUGGAGGGGCUUGUCCAGGUCCCCAGCACAUUCUCUCUGCUGGUUGCUGGGUUGCUGCUGCUGAUUGCCUACCUUCACUACUCGAGCGUCAGCAGCCCAGAGAAAGGGAAGAAGCUCCCUGGACCCAGACCGCUGCCUAUCAUCGGGAACCUGCUGCAGCUGGACCUGAGGAGUCUACACGAGGCGCUGUGUAAGCUCUCCAAAACGUACGGAUCGGUCUUCGCGGUUCACUUUGGACCUAAGAAGAUUGUGAUCUUGUCGGGGUAUAAGACGGUGAAGGAGGCCCUGGUUAACCAUGCUGAAGAGUUUGGGGAUCGGGAUGUCGAUCCCGCAUUCAAGGCUGUAAACAAAGGGCAUGGAAUCAUCUUCACAAAUGGAGAGCAGUGGAAAGAGAUGAGACGCUUUGCCUUGACAAACCUGCGGGACUUUGGCAUGGGAAAAAAAACCAGCGAGGAAAAAAUAAUUGAAGAGACACGAUACCUGGCAGAGGUGUUUGAAAACUUUAAAGGUAAAGCAUUUGAUACGACUCAGCCGGUGAACUAUGCCGUCUCAAACAUCAUCAGCGCCAUUGUGUACGGCAGCAGGUUCGAGUACAGCGACCGGCGCUUCAAAGACAUGGUCAACAGAGCCAAUGAAAACAUCCGACUCGGUGGAUCUCCAGGUGUUCGGCUUUUCGUCAUGUUCCCUUGGCUGGGUCCGCUGCUGGCAAGCUGGCGCAGACUCAAAAGCAAGAUGCAAGAGCACACUGACGAGAUGAGGAAGCUGAUCAACGAGCUGCAAGACACUCUCAACCCCCUUGAGCAGAGAGGAUUUGUUGACUCCUUCCUUAUCCGAAAACAGAAAGAAGAGGAAUCUGGACGGAAAGAUACGUUCUUCCAUGAGGAGAACAUGGUCUUCUCCGUGGCCAAUCUGUUUGCAGCGGGCACAGAUACAACAGGCACCACUCUGCGCUGGGGGCUGCUACUGAUGGCCAAAUACCCUCACAUACAGGACCGCGUCCAGGAGGAGAUGGACCGAGUGAUUGGCGGCCGGCAGCCUGUGGUGGAGGACAGGAAGAGCAUGCCCUAUACGGACGCCGUGAUCCACGAGACCCAGAGAGUCGCCAACAUCGUGCCCAUGAGCAUCCCACACACCACCAGCUGUGACGUCCAAUUCCAGGGCUUCUUCAUCAAGAAGGGCACCACGGUGUUUCCCCUGCUGACCUCCGUGCUGCGCGAUGAGUCUGAAUGGGCCAAACCGUACGACUUCCACCCUGGACAUUUCCUGGAUGACCAGGGGCGCUUUGUCAAGAGAGACGCGUUCAUGCCCUUCUCUGCAGGCCGCAGGGUGUGUGUGGGCGAGAGUCUGGCCAGGAUGGAGCUCUUCCUCUUCUUCACGUCUCUUCUUCAACGCUUCCGUUUCACUCCUCCUCCCGGCGUCUCUGAGGACGAGCUGGACCUCACACCGGCGGUGGGCUUCACCCUCAACCCCUCCCCACACAAGCUGUGUGCCGUCAGCCGCUCCUAGCUUCCUCAUCACCUGUUUAAAUGUAAAUAUUAUUUAACAACGAAAUGCUGAGG